GGGAGGCGGAGAGCUGAAGAGAGCAAGCAGGGGAGAGGCUCAAGGCGCACGCACCGAGGCACCAUCCUCUCGCAGCGUCUCAAGGGCGCACGCCAAGCAAAGUGGCGACGGCAGGGACUCCAAAAGCCACUGAGAAUCGUGGAGUACGUGAAUCUGUUGGCAAACUACAGGCUCGACGGCCAUCACUAUUAUGUAUCCUUCCCUCACCGCCUCUUCAUCAACCCACUUACAGAUCCGCCACAGCGGGUUACAAGAGACCGUAGGCGGGAAAAGCAUGCGCAGUCGCACUGGCCGGAGGAAAAGAAAGGCGCCUGUUGUUGAUUGGCAGCUCCCAGUACACGGGAUUCCGGCGGGGUGAUCCCGUUAAUCCGCCGACUAAGCACGCCAAGCCUUGUGGAGUAGUUUCACUGUGGUCUCUGCCGCGCCUUUCCUUACGCAGUCAGUAGAGGCCGCAAUACCUGCAAAGCAUUCGGAUAUUCCAAGCGCCUGCUCUUCCUUCUCUCUACACUGACGUACCCUUCGCGACCAUUUCCUGGGUUAGCUCGACCUCAGUUCCGGUGGGAAAGCGAUUUUGCAUAUACGUUUGGAGUGGUUUAAGAUUCUUCCUCCGUGAAGCUUUCGGGCCGAGAGGACAGAUCGGCGAAGAGGAACGUGGUGAAGCUAUCGUCUCGUUGAACAGCUAUGAUUGAGGCAGAAGUAAACCCUAAAGCUUACCCACUAGCUGAUGCCCAGCUCACAAAGACACUGCUGGAUCUUGUACAGCAGUCCUGCAACUACAAACAGUUACGCAAAGGAGCCAAUGAAGCCACUAAAACUUUGAACAGAGGAAUUGCUGAAUUUAUUGUGAUGGCUGCAGAUGCUGAGCCUCUUGAGAUCAUCCUGCAUCUUCCACUGCUAUGUGAGGACAAGAAUGUGCCCUACGUAUUUGUGCGCUCCAAGCAGGCCCUGGGCCGGGCUUGUGGUGUUUCUCGCCCUGUAAUUGCCUGUUCCAUUACUAUCAAAGAAGGUUCACAACUGAAGCCUCAGAUUCAAUCUGUUCAACAAGCCAUUGAGAGACUAUUAGUCUAAAUUUGUCUGGCCGCUUCCUUAUUAAAAUAGAGUAACUAAAA